AGGUUUCAAAGCACAGCCCCACGUAUAUGGUCCCACCGCACAAGACAUACUCCCGUUCUCAUCUCUCUCUUUCUCCACGGCCAUCCUCUCUUGCUUAAAGAGAACCCACCUUGCUUUGGGGCCUUUGUCUCUUUUUUUGUCUUGAGACAAAGUCCACUGUUUCAUCUCCAUCUCGAAGAAAGAGAGAGGUUUCUAUGGGCCGUUCCAAUCCUCCUCUGCUCCAAGUCUGAAGGCAGAGAGGAUUAAUACCAAGGUGCAUCCCCUCUAUUAACCAUUUCUGUGUUAAAAAUUGGAUCUUCGGAUAGAUUGGAUGCAGGAGAACCCAUAUCGAUUGAUAUCAAGAGAACAAAAAACAGAGAGAGAGAGAGAGAGAGAGCGCGCGCGCGCGCGAGAGAGAGAUUUUUACCCAAAAAAAGGAAGGGAAGACCAAAAGGCUCGGUUUUUUUGGUACAACUGUGGGAGGUACAGGGAAGAACACCCCACUCUCUCUUUCUCCACCCUUUUCCUCUUGGAGUUAUAAUUUUCUUGGAUUUUUGCUGGAUUUUUUUUUAAUGUAUACACAGAUAUUCAAAGGUUAAUUGAUGGUUAGAUAUGACAAGAUCAGCAUUUGAUUUUUGCAUAGCUUGGGAGGAUUCCAUGAGAUCUGUUUGUUAGGCUUGGCUGUGCCUCUCUCUCUCUCUCCAGUAUGUGCUUGAUAUUUUGUGGGUGUGAACGGUCUGCUUUGUCCCUUGCGGAGAUUGUUUUACCUACCACAGUUUUGAAACAGUCAAAGUUAGAUGAUCAAGAUAGCAACUUCAUCCCGUUCUUAAUGCCACGCUUCUGUUAUAUAUUGUCCGCAACGAUUUGUUCUCACCAGUAUGUUUUGGUUUUCUUUGGGUUUCCUCUUCAACACAAGAUUCCUUCAUGGAGGGCGAGAUAUCGUGGGAAUCUUAUUCAACUUCCUACCUUGGAAGUGAGAUUGUCGAAUCUAAACCGGUUUCUGAAGACAACGACAGCCCGGACGGUGGCACAUUGGUUUCCCUGGACGCGAUUCUUCCUGAUGACCUCCUGGAAAAAGUCCUCUCCUUCUUGCCCAUCGCGAGCACAAUUCGAUCAGGGUCCGUAUGCAAACGAUGGCGCGACGCCGUGCGCUCUGGAAGGUUUUCGUGGACCAGCAUGUUACCUCAGAAGCCAUGGUACUUCAUGUUCACCUGCAGCGAGGAUGCUGUGGCUGGCUAUGCCUACGACCCGAGCCUCCGGAAAUGGUAUGGCUUCGACUUCCCUUGCAUUGAGAAGAGCAACUGGUCCACCUCUUCCUCCUGUGGACUGGUUUGCUUCAUGGACAGCGAGGACAGGAGCCGGAUCUUUGUCUGCAACCCGAUCACCAGAGACUGGAAGAGGCUUCAGGAUGCUCCGGGUGGAAAGCACCCGGACUACAGCGCGCUCGCCAUAUCGGUGGACCGCAAGUCUCACAAUUAUACCGUUGCGGUUGCCAAAUGUAAGCAGGUGCCUGAGGAUUAUUACCAAUGGGACUUCUCCAUCCAUGUCUAUGAGUCGGAGGGCAAGUCCUGGGUCACUCCCUUCAAUGAAAUUCUGGUGGGAUGGAGGGGAGGUGAUGAGUGUGUGAUCUGCAAUGGAGUUCUGUACUACUUGAUCUACUCCACCGGUGUUCUGGGAAAUGUGGAGCCCCGGCAUUGCUUGGUUAUGUAUGAUCUCUCCGGGAGAUCGUCACACAUGUCUCUGAUGCGCAUGGCGAUACCGGUCCCCUGCUCGCUGACGUGCGGUCGGCUGAUGAACCUCAAAGAUAGGCUGGUUAUGGUCGGCGGGAUCGGGAAGCAUGACCGGCCGGGGAUCAUCAAGGGGAUCGGCAUUUGGGAGCUUUGGAACAAGCAAUGGCAAGAGGUCGUUCGAAUGCCUCAUAAGCUCUUCCAAGGAUUUGGUGAGUUUGAUGAUGUCUUUGCAAGCAGCGGCACCGACGACCUCGUCUACAUACAGAGCUUUGGGUCGCCGGCGCUGCUCACUUUCGACAUGAGCCAGAAAACAUGGAAAUGGUCGACCAGAAGUCCCGUGACCAAGAGAUUUCCCCUCCAGCUCUUCACCGGUUUCUGCUUCGAGCCAAGGCUCGAGGUCACUUCUUGACUAGUUCACUACGAAAUCAUUGCUUCUUAUUGGGCAGAUCACAGAAAAUCAUGCUAUAUUUUUCUUUUUUGGAGCAAACGAACAAUAUUUCAAUGGACCUGAGGGAUUACAGAAAAUGUUCAUUCUAUAGAGAAAAUCAUAUCUGAGGAUGUUGUUGGAGAUCUUUUUCCCUUUUUUUUUCCUCAUAUAUUUGUUGGGUUUUACAGUCUAUGAUGUGUUUUGGGAGGUUUGAUGUGUAGAAAAGCAAAAUAGUGCGAUCUCACCUUUCUUGAGAACGUUUCCUCAUGUUCUUCUUAUCUUUAAUGACAAAGUUGUCUUUCUUUUGCUGUCCUUA